AUGGCUCCUAUCACUCAAGAGGUCGUCUCCGGUCUGCAGGACACCAUCGCCAAGCUGGAGGCUAAGGUUGUCGACCUGGAGCAGCGCCUGGUCAAUGGCGGCGAGAAGCCCAAGUCAGUUGCUGAGCAGAUGCGCAUCAUCCUGAUGGGUCCUCCUGGUGCUGGCAAGGGUACCCAGGCCCCGAACAUCAAGGACAAGUACUGCGCGUGCCACCUGGCUACCGGUGACAUGCUGCGAUCCCAGGUCGCGAAGAAGACCGAGCUCGGAAAGGAAGCUAAGAAGAUCAUGGACCAGGGUGGUCUCGUUAGCGACGAGAUCAUGAUUGGCAUGAUCAAGAGCGAGCUGGAGAACAACGCCGAGUGCAAGAACGGCUUCAUUCUCGAUGGUUUCCCUCGCACAGUCGCUCAGGCCGAGCGUCUGGAUGACAUGCUUACUGAGCGUAAGCAGAAGCUCCAGCACGCCGUUGAGCUGCAGAUCGACGAUGCUCUCCUUGUCGCCCGUAUCACUGGCCGUCUGGUCCACCCUGCCUCCGGUCGCUCUUACCACAAGAUCUUCAACCCUCCCAAGUCCGACAUGAAGGACGAUGUCACUGGCGAGCCUUUGAUCCAGCGUUCCGAUGACAACGCCGAGACCCUCACCAAGCGUCUGUCUACCUACCACGCUCAGACCGCCCCUGUCUGCGAAUACUACAAGAAGACCGGUAUCUGGCGCGGCAUUGACGCCAGCCAGGAGCCUGGUCAGGUCUGGAAGAGCCUCCUGGGUGUUUUCCACAAGAACUAG